AUGGACGCGUUCAUCUUGCGCAAACGACGUCGCGUGUCCCCGCCACAGAGUGACCUCGCACCCAACGCUGACCCCGAACCACCGAUCGCCGAGGACGACGAAUCGACCGAUGUCAAGCUGGCAAUUCUUUCAUCUCUGCACCCAAGCAGGCGUCAGGAUGACUUGCUGGAAGUCCUCCUUGGCUGUGACGGCUCCGUGGACGCUGCCAUCAAAGCACUCUCGACUACUGGGCACAAUGUCUCUCCGCCACAAAAGCGGCGAAUGAUGGGUGCUGGUAUGCAGACUGGUCUACCAUACGCGUCAGAGAACAAGAGCCCAUCAAAGCCAACAGGGCAACAAUCCUUGACUAAAAAGGGCAAAACUCUCCAUCUAUACACGCCGCAAGACAUCGCAAACCACACACCCUGUUCCAUCAUCCACAAUUUCCUGCCCACCAAUCUCGCAAACGCCCUUCUGGAAGAGCUUCUUGCUGAAGUUCCCAGCUAUGACUCUAUUCAAUUCAAGAUCUUUGACAAUGUCGUCAAGUCCCCGCACACGGCAUGUUUCUAUGUCGACAGCCUGGCAGACAUUGAGCGACAGAGAAGCGAGUAUUACUACAACGGCAAUGAUCUUGGUGAUAUCCGUCAGAUUCUGCCAGUCAUGAAGCAGGUCAGCGCUCUUGUUCGUGAUGCUGUCAACAAGGAAAUUGUUGAUCGGAUCCGCGACUUUUAUCCAGACGGGAAAAAACUAAAAUAUCAGUCACCCCUGGUAUGGGAGCCCAACGCCGCCUUCGUCAAUUGCUAUGAUGGUGGCGCGCAACAUGUGGGCUAUCACUCUGACCAACUUUCCUAUCUCGGGCCUCGGGCCAUCAUAGGGAGCUUGAGUCUCGGGGUUGCAAGGGAGUUUCGCGUCCGAAGAAUCGUACCCAAGGACGACCCCAAUGGACCCGACAAGCCUGAAAAUGCUUCUUCUGCGGCAGAUGUGUCGGGGCAAAUCGCGAUCCAUCUCCCCCACAAUUCUCUCCUUGUGAUGCAUGCCGAAAUGCAGGAAGAAUGGAAGCACAGCAUCGCACCGGCGCUCACUGUCACUCCCCAUCCUACCGCUGGUAAUAAACGCAUCAACAUCACUUAUAGGUGGUACCGAGAAGAAUUCCGCCCCAAGAACACCCCAAAGUGUAAAUGCGGGGUCCCUUGCGUGUUGAAAACGGUACAGAAACAGAGGGCCAAUCGGGGUCGAUAUAUGUGGAUGUGUCAGGUUGGAAACAAGCCGAGCGGUGGCGAGGGAUGCGGGUGGUUCGCAUGGGCGAGAUUUACAGAUGAUGGUGUCCCUGUGAGUUGGAAAGAUGGGACGCCAGGAGAAAAGGGUCAGCCAGAGGAAAUUGAGAACCAGCAAAAGACAGACAACAAGGCUGGCUCAUAA